AUGUCGAGCACCCUCUCGGACCAGGAGAUUGCCGCAGGCCUGCGCAAGCUGCGCACCGACUUCCGCACCGCUGCCAUCGCUCACUUCUCCGUCCUCUUCCUCCACCACCUCGGAGGCACCUUCAACACGAGCGACUUUGAGCUCGACUUGCUCGGCGUCAAGCCAGACGCUCAGAUUCCCGCACUCCUCGGCAAGAUCCUCAACACGCUCGCCAACGACCGCAACACCAACUCCACCAACUGGCUCAGCGCGCUCCGUCGCUCGUACAACCGCCGCGUCGGUCGCGAGGACAACCCGUUCUACUCGUGGCACCGCGUGCCCGGCAGCGUCGUCGAAGCCGAGCGUGCGAUCGAGCGCGCGCGCGAAGAGGCCGAGUACGACGCGUACAUGGCCGCCAAGGCGGGUGGGGCGUCUGGGUCGGGAGAGGGGGCGCCAGCGGCGGUCAAGAAGGAGGAGGACGAGCAGGUCGAGAGGAGUAUCUUUGCGGAUGCGGAGGACAAGUUGAGGGAGGCCGAGAAGGCGCUGUACCGCAAGGCGGGGAAGAAGAAGGCCGGCACGCCCUUCACUGUCGGCGAGUCGGACGGUGUCGUCGCAGCGCGCAUCAAGGAGGAGGACAAGGCGGCGAAGGAGGACGGUUCGCUCGUGCGCGAGGCCGGCGCGGCGGACGUCAACGUCUCGGGCAAGACGGCCGAGGCGGGCGUGCCCGUCACCGAGGCCGCGCUCGACGACGGCUUCAACGCCGAGAUGGCCGACGCGAUUGCGCAGGACGCCGCAGAGGGCGCGUUCCAGGAGCAGCAGGCCGAGGCGAAGAAGGAGGAGGGUGCCGAGGAAGACGAGGAGGAGUGGUACGAGGAGCAGCGGGCCGUCGAGUGGAAGGACCUGAGCCUCGAGACCAAGCUCGACGCGAUCUACAACGUCUGCGAGUGGCACAUGGUCGACCCGGCUCAGCAGUUCCGCAAGUACCUGCAGUGGGAUGGCGAGGCGGCCUGGCGGCUCGACCCCAUCGGGACCGACUCGGAGGGCAACAAGUACUUCCACACCGCCGACGACCGCCUCUGGAUCCAGCGCGACCCGCCCGCAGCCGACCCGUCGAACCCGUCCGACCAGCCCGUCCGCAAGCCGCGCACCUUGCUCGGCCUCCGCGCCGGCCCUCGCGACAAGAGCAAAAAGGGCACCGUCACGGGCGUCGUCCGCUUCAAGCUGAAGAAGAACGCCGAGACGGGCGCGUUCGAGCAGGUGGCCGAGGACGAAGAGGCGGGCCCUUCGACCGGCGUCAAAGGCGAGGACGGCGACGAGGACGUCAAGAUGGGCUUGUCGGGUCCGGCGAGCGACGCGGUCAAAGGCGAGGAGGACGAGGGGUCGAACCUCGGAUCGCCCGCUCUCUCGUCGUCGAAGAAGCUUGCGGACGAGCCGGCUGUCGAGCAGGAGAUGCCGUCGUGGGAGAAACAGUACUGGGAGGAGCGGCAGCGCGCGGACAACACGCCCGGCUUUGUCGAGUGGGAGGCGGUUUGCACGACGCUCGACGACUGGCGCGCCUUCCCCGAACGCUUCGCCAAGAGCACGCAUCCCGACGAGAUCAAGCUGAGGGAGCUCGUCGCGCUUGAGCUCGUCCCGGCGGUUGAGCAGGGCAUCGAGGACGAGAAGCAGCGCCGCGAAGAGGAGCGCCUCGCCGAAGAGGCCAAAUCGGCGGAACUCGCCGCCCAGCUCUCGAAGCGCUCAUCGUCUCGCGUCGCAGGCGUCGACGAGGACGGCAACCCGAUCAGCGACCGACCGACGCGUGCGGUUCGCCAGCAGGUCCGCAGCUACGCCGACGACGGACUGAGCGAGUUUGUCCCUGCCGAGUCUGGCACUCCCAAGGCCGAGUCGCGCGAGGACCGCCUCCGCAAGCGCGAGGAGGAGAGGAAGCGGCUCGAGGAGGAGCAGGAGCGCAAGUUGAUGGAGGAGCUGCGCGAGCAGGAGCGCCAGGAGGCGAUGGAGAAGAACGGCGGCGUCCUUCCCUACGAGCUCAUGAAUGACGACGAGCGCGCCGAGUACGAGCGGCAGCAGGAGAAGGAGCGCAAGCGCGUCGAGGCCGAGGAGAAGAAGCGCCAGAAGGACGAGGCCAAGCGCGCCCGUGCGAGGGAGCGUCGUGCCGAACGCAAGGCUGAACGCGACGCCGAAGCCGCCGCAGACGCCGAGGCGGAAGCUGCCGUCGCCCCGCCUCCUCCUGCGCCCGUCCUCCCCGUUCCUCCGGCCGACGACGCCGCCGUCGACGAGUCGUGGUACCUCGAUUGCGAGAUUUGCGGGACUGCGGGUUGGAACUACGACGACGGCCUCGGCUUGAUCUGCUGUGACUCGUGCGAGGAUUGGCAGCACUUGCCUUGCCACCAGCAGGCGGACGCGCUCGCCGGUCGCAUCAUCCCGUACGAGGACGAAGCGUUCAAGUGGAUCUGCGGUCACUGCCAGGGCACGCGGCAACGGCGGCCUCGUCCUCCGAAGCCUCCUGCGGGUUCGCCUCCGCAGCUCGUCUACCCGCCGCACCCUCUCGAACCCGUCACCGGCCAGAAGCGCAAGGCGUCCGUCAGCAACGGCAACAAGGGCGCGGCCGCCGCGCAGGCUGCCGCCAAAAAGCCCAAGGCGACCAAGUCGAACGGGCAGUCGAUCCCGUACGGUCACGGCGGGCACCCCCUCUACCACCCUUCGGCGUACCAGCACCCUCAGGCCGUCCAGUCGCCGACCUACGGCUCGGCUUCGCCUACCGCGCCGACUCCCUCGCCCGCGCCUGCCGCCGCGCAGCCCGCACAGAACGCGUCGAUGUCGUACGAGGAGCUCAAGGCGGCGAUCGAGGCGAACCCGUCGCUGAUGGCGCAGCUUCCGCAAGAGUACCAGGCCCACUUUUCGCAGCUUCUCGGGCUCCCCUUGCCGUCCUAG